AGUUAAUUUCUACAAUGAAAAAUUGUUGUUUUUUCCUCGUUUCUUUUAUAUGUUUUGUAUUUUUGUCGACAGCGGCCGUGUUAUGUACGACGACUUUUGACGUUAAAGAAUUAAACGCAUGUCCACCGCAGGACUCGAAAUUCCUAACGUUGGUUGAACGUUCCUUAGAACAGUGUGUUGAAGAAUGCGCGCGAAGAAAAAGUUGCGCAGUUGUAGGGUAUAAGCGUGUACUUCGGUUAUGCGAGCUUCAUAUGAAGAGUUCGACGCCGUCUGUUUCUGAUAACCAUUGUAUCAUGAUAAUGCGAGAUGACAUACACGGACUAAAGCAGGAUAGCUGUGGAGAGUGGCAAGUAUUCGAAACAAUUGCCGGAGUUGAACAUUGUACAGUGAAAGAAUGUAAACCACAACCAUACCUCAGAAAUGGGCAGUUCUUGGGAAAUAAAAAUGAAGUUGGUUCAAAGAAAGCCGUCAAGUGUAAUCAUGGAUAUAUCGAAGAGAACAACACUAAAUCUGUAGAGUGCUUGAAAGAAGGAAUCUGGAGCCGCAAUGUAUCAUGCGUUCUUAAAGAAUGCCCCAACGAAAUCGGGAUAAUUGAACUUAAAGAAGAUUUCCGACUAAAGAUUUUUAACAAUAGCAAAAGUCAUGAGAAUGCAUCAAACACAUGUGCAAAUGAACCGAAUGGACAUCUCGUGGUGCUUGAUAAAGAGUGGAAAAUGGAUGCAGUCUCAAACAUUUUGACUUCAUGCUCGGGUUAUGAAGGUAAAAAGGACUUUUGGACAGACGGAAACUGUUUUUCCAAAAAGUGCAACUUUACAGUUGGAGAAAGCAUGCCGACGACGCAAAAAUUCUGGCACAUAAAUAAAUCAGACCAUCAGCAAUGUGUACGUUUGCAGUACGUUGAAGAAGUUGGAGUUUACAGGUGGAACGACACAUCCUGUUCUGCUCAAUACCCUUUUAUAUGCGAAUACUGAAGUUAUCUUCUUGAAUUACUGUGAAAUCAUUAAUAUUCGUGGGGGACUAAUUUUCGUGGAUUUCGUGGUUGAGUCAAUCCACGAAAUUUAAUCCCAACGAACAAGUAAAAUUCCCAUUCAUUUUAUGUUCAAAAGUUGAAAUCCACGAAUUCAUAUCCCCACGAAAUUGCCGUUUUGACCAAAACCACAAAAUUUCAUGCCCACGAAAUUUAAUGAUUUCACGGUAUCAUUAAUACAAUAAUUUGAUAAAGUAUCGAAUCAGUCUAACGUAGAUAUUCAUUUUGAAGUAAUUAAACAAGGAAUUAUUAAUAUUUUCACACAAAAAAACAACAGUUUCUAACAAUGUGAUCCUUACAUUUUAAUUGGAAUUAGAAGAUUAUCAGAAAGAUUAUUUUUAUUCAUAUGAUAUAUACUGAUGUGUAUUCAACUAACUGUCAGUGUGAUACAUUGAAGGGGUAACUUGAAAGCCAUGUCCCGAGAUGGAUACAACAUAAUGCUCACUGAAUUAGCAAAAUUUAAAUAUUUCCCUCGGCUAGAAACAGCAAAUAUAAUGGUUUUGUAAAGUAACCCUGCAACAAAUAUGUUGUCAUAGCGGUACAUUCAUUGCGUACGCAGUAUGUUAAAAUUGUAUAUGGCUGUAGUGGUAGACAUGCUAGGACCCUUGAAGAUUUUCUUUUGUCUGCCUUAAUUUAGAUAAUAUAAUCCUAACUACACUACAUGUUACAGCAUGAGUAAAUGUAUCCAAUAAUAUUUGCCAAGACAGAAAUUUUCGAUAUGCCAUCAGCUGAUCUAUGGGAACAUGGAUGUACCUGUGAAAGAGAUUUUAAGUUAAGCUCAUAGUCAGACAUCAUCAAUAGCUUUAAAUUCGGACGUUCUAUUAAGAAUUUUGCUCCUAUACAGUAUAUCCCAGACAGCUUCAGUUAAUUAAGUGAAUGGCUUUUUGAUCUCAGAUGACCAAGUUUCAAACUUGAACUUAAUUUCAUAAAAUAAUACAUUCUGAACAGGUUUCACUCAUUUCCGGUAGAAAAUGAGACUUUAGAGUACCAACAAGGCUUUUCUGUGACCCGGUGACCUAGUUUAUGUAGGGAUAACGCAUGUUUUUUCGUGUUAUAACAUCUGCAGAAUCCCGAGGGAUUGGUUGGUGCCCGAGCCCAUUAGUGUGAGGGUACCAACGUAUCCCGAGGGAUUCUGCAGAUGUUAUAACACGAAAUAAACAUGCGCUAACGCUAUUCUAGCAUAAAACGCUUAAAAACUGAUAAAUGAAUACAAUGUCACUCAACGUAAUUAAAUUUCCAAGAAAUGCGCGGGAAUGUCUGAGUUGCUUUUUACGUUGACGUCAUUUCGUUUUGAAUUAUCCGAUUUGGGGCCGAAUGACGUUUACGCUUUGCAACGGAACGCGCAUAUAUAAAAAAGUGUUAUAACAGCACGCGAGCGCGAGAAUCUCUCUGUUAACACACGUUUUCUCUCCUGUUAAAACACCCCCGAAAAGUGACAAGAACAGCAGUUUUAUGCUAGAAUAGUCACAAAUAAUUCGCUUUCAAACUUGACCUAUACUUCUUGUAAAUAAACUGUCUGAACAAUAUUCAUUAUCAGAUUAAACAUGUGGAAUCGAGAGUGUUAAGUUUUUAUAUGGUUUCAACUAGUGAAGCUUAUAUUUGACUUCAAUGACUCAAUAUUGAAAUAAUGACCUAGAUUUUAUUUAGACAAAAAAAAUGGCCAGGUUUCAUGUAAUCAUGUAAAUCAACUGCAAAAUCAACAUCUGGUGUGUUAACAAGGAUUUUUUCAUAAUUUGACUUAUUGACCUUGUAUCUGAACCGACACAAUCCAAAUUUGAAUGUGUCUUAGAUUUUCUCAUGACUAGAUUUCAUGUAUUUGUUAAGGUAUCUAUGAUUUGGUCUAAUUUGUAACCCCAGAUAACCAGUUUCAAAUUCUUCCAGGUUGUUAUCGAGGCAAACAUUUUCAUAAUGGAUUGGCGUAAAGAGUGAUAAUUUAAUACUUCAGUAUACAGUGACCUACUUUACUGAAUGGGGCUGUAAGCUUAACUGUAAUUUUAUGACAAGGUUACAGGCUAUUUUAAGUAAUUCUUUAUCUAGUUUGGUCUUAGAACAGCCCCACUUACUUUAUAAAUUCACAUAAGCAGUAGUUCUUGUUAAUAAACAGGUGACUUCCUGGUUUUGCAGACAUGUUUUUGUUGAUGUAUUUGCAAUGCAUUGUGUGUAGUUGCUUAGCUAGAUUUCAUUUACAUUGUUGUGUGAAAUGUCAUUUACAUUGCUUGCAAGAUACUCCCUUAAAAGGAAAUUUGAUUGUAUAAUCAUUUAGAUUAUUCUUUUUUCUUUCUUUUCAUACUAAUAUUUAUUAUGAUCCUUUAAGUGUUAAUAGAAAUAUUGGCUUUUGUUUCCUAACAGUCAGGCAACAGUUCACAGCUUCCACAACUCCACAGUAUUUUGUGUGAAACUUGAUUCACAUUUCUUUGUGUGGAGUUCACAUAUCCUCACAUGUUAGUGUGCGCUUCCACACUUAUUUUUGUGAAGUUUGGGAGGUAUAAAUACUCCACUGUGUUUUCAGGGUUCGCAAUCUUAAAUCUCUGGCCUUGAGCGGCUGUUAUACUUAAUAAUUCUACAGAAAUAUUUAAAGAAGCUUAACAAAUUUUAUACAAAGAUUGUCUCACCUGGUGUGUUUUUAUAGCUGCUGUAUUUUAACUUUUGAUAAGCAUUUUAAACUCUUAACUGAAUAAAACUGCUAUUUUUUAUUGGAUCUUCAUUUAACUGUUGCUCUUUUGUGUGUCAGUUAUCAAAAUUUACCAGAUCUCGAGGCAGGGUUUAAUUAUUAUCAUUAAUGAAGAUUAGUCCUGAUAGGUAAAAUAACUUAUUAUCACACUAUUCUUGUGUACUGUGAAAUGUUUACAGAUUAUUGUGUGUAUUUCUGAAUGAUAUUUGUUGCUGAACAUGAACUGUUUCUGUGGAAAUUCUUAUUUUAAUAAACUUUAGUUUAACUGCUAA